CCUUCACUCCUACCCGCCGCCGCACCACUUCUUCCAUUGUGCUGCCGCCGCCGCCCCUUUCUCCAGCCGCCGCGCCCUCCCUCGCGCCGCCGCUCUGCACCACCGCGUGCCUCCUCCCUGCCUCUGCCCGCAGCGCCGUCGUCCCUUGGAGAGCAUCUUCACUCUCGCGUUUCUGUCCCUCUUCCAGCGCCUCCGUCGCGCCGCCACUCUCUAAGGCCACACCGCUCCUGGAUCGCCGCCGCCGACAGCCGUCCUUGCCGCCGCGACCCCUGCCCGUCGCGCCCAAGCCUGCCGCAUCGCCCCUUGCCCGCUGUCUUCUCCUACCCGACAGCUUCAGAUCCGGGUCCAUCAAACCCGUCUGACCCGUUUUCCAAGCCCCACUUCAGCGAACCGGACCGGCCCAAUCCGGUUCGCCCAGACCGGUUCUCCCCAGACCGGUUGCCACCCAAACCUUCAAAAAAAAAAAAACAAAAAAAAAACAAAACCCCAUAAUUUUAUUAUUAUUCCCAUCUUCUUUAUUUGCAGCCGGCUCAAUGGCUGAUACUGAUUCUACCACGGGUUCUCCAAUUGGCGACACCACUAUGGUUCCCCCGCCGACGGCGCCGCCGACGUCCUCCCCUGCCAAGUCGGAUUUCCAUCCGGCCCUUGCUGUCACCAAUAUCAAAAACAACAUUCCUUUUAAACUCGAGAUAGACAAGGAUCAUUAUGCUAUGUGGGCUGAAUUGUUUGAGACUCAUGCUCACGCCACUCAGGUGCUCCACCACAUCAUUCCUCAAGCUGACAUGGAGCCUCCUGCGCGCACCGAUGCUUCCUAUGCUCGGUGGGCCACUCUUGACUCUACCGUCAAACAGUGGAUUUAUUCCACCAUCUCCUUCGACCUUCUCUCCACUGUUAUGGAGAAAGGUUCUACUGCUAUGGCUACUUGGAACCGUAUAGCUUCUAUGUUUGAGGACAAUCAGAACUCUCGUGUAGUCGCUCUCGACCAGGAUUUCAUCUCCACUCGCAUGGAGGAUUUUCCUAAUGUUUCCGCCUAUUGUCAGCGUCUGAAACAUAUCUCUGAUCAGUUGCGGAAUGUUGGUGCCCCAGUCAGUGACCAUCGUCUUGUUCUUCAGUUGGUCUCUGGUCUCACUGAGCCCUUUCGUGGUGUUGCCACCCUGAUCCGUCAGAGCGAGCCUUUGCCACCUUUCCUCAAGGUCCGCUCCAUGUUGAUUCUAGAGGAAUCUGGUCUCGCCAGGAUGUCAGGUCCGGCCUCUCAGACUGCUUUGCACACCUCUGCUUCCCGUCCACAUGCCUCCGUUGACUCCUCUCAGCAGCGCCCCACCUACCGCAGCGAUCAGGGCCACUCCAACCAUCGUUAUGGGUCAGGGCACAAUCGCAAUUAUCAGGGUGGUUCUGGUAAACCUAAGAAGAAAGGUGGCUCCCGUUAUCCUGGAUCAUCUGGCUCCUCUGGUUCCUCUGCUGCAUCUCCUCCACCCUGGCGCCCACCACCGCAGGCAUCCUGGAAUCCCUGGGGUUGGGCUCCUCCCCCUGGUUGGGCUCCUUCCCCUUGGGGCAUGCCUCCUUGUCCUUACCCCACAUCUCAGUGGUCGCGUCCCAUGAGUGCUCCGCAGCAACCCAGCGUUUUAGGUCCGCGUCCUCAGGCCUACACCGCUACUGCUUCUCCAGCACCCACUGAUAUCGCUGCUGCCAUGCACACCAUGUCUUUGACUCCUCCAGACACCACGUGGUACAUGGACACCGGCGCCUCGUCCCAUACUGCGGCAUCUCAAGACGGGGAUGCCUCUCCUGAGAUGUAACAGCCUCGGCGACCUCUACCCAGUCACUCGUUCCUCUCCCUUUGCUGGUCUUGCUUCUAGUGUCUGGCACAAUCGACUUGGUCAUCCAGCUUCCUCAGCUUUAAAC